AUGAUUAGCACCUCCUUUCUUUCACCUUCAAGUUACGACGAAGAGACAAUAGUUACUCAAAUGACGACUAUUUAUAUCCUACUUCAUAGGCUAGGCUACUACAACCCUCCCGGGGACGAUUACCCUUACGGGGAAGUCAUAUUUCCUCCUGCAGGUGGCCAUGCCAUCAAUGAGAAGCUAUGCCAUGAGCUCCAUAUCGCGGUGGAGGUAGUAUCUCUUAUGAAAAAGAUUCCUUAUACGUUUCGCGGCACCAAUAAGCCGUUUCUGUUGCAGUCCCGGCCGUUUGAAUACUUUUUUGAUGAAGAGAUACGGGGUGGCCGCGAUCCUGAAAAGGCGCCCGUGAGCAUUGGCGACGAGGAUUUAAGAUUGGACUUUCUGAAACCGUGGGAGGUUGCACUUACUUCCUGGAUGCACGCAGAUGAUGGGACCUCGGAAUCGGGGGAGGAGGGCUUUGACUUCCGGAAAGACUGCAAGGCUCACCAUGCCCCAACCUAUCUCCAGGGUCUCAUCGAUGAUAUUCGUAAUUUAGAGACAGUAUAUCUUCCUACACAAGGGGAUUAUGGCUAUAUUAUUCCCGCCGGGGAACCGGAGCAGAUUCAAGUGAAGCGGGUUCUGAUUGAGGAUUAUGGUUGGGAGACUGAGUUCCGGGAAGAGGAUUGGCGACGAGAGGGAGAGGCGGUCUGUAACAGGAUAUCUGAUGAGCAGAUGAAUACUUGA